CAACACUGGAUGGUGAAAUAGAUUUUGGCGCGACACUCGUAACACACUGCACAACGAAGUCGCAAACAUCUAGCUUGAAGCAUAAAUACAAAUUCGUUUCAAUUUCACAAAUUGAGUAAAUAUUUAACAAAACAAAAUGUUGUCAUCAACGAGUCGUAGCAUCGUCAACGGAAACUUGUUACGCCGUUUCCUCAACCAACGCGUAAACAUCAUGGUUAACAUUGAAGAUAUCGAUUCGAUCGGCACAACACUAACGGGAAAGACCACCGACAAUCAGUCCAUCCAAGUUUGCCUCUCCGAGCCGGUAACGUCGCCAAUUAAUGGCUGGGUCGAAAUAAUUGGUGUUCCGACCGGAUCCGAUCGAAUAAACUGUGAAGAGGUGAUCCUUUUCGAAGAGCGUGAUGGUGACGAGGGUUUCGACACGGAUUCAUAUGAUAUGCUCGUACAGUUUUUAAAUAAUUGUGAGGAUGUGUUCAAGUCAGGUUGAUAAUUUUUAAGGCUUAUAAUAAAACUGUAACUGUAACACCAA